AUGCCCAGAAUAACACCAUGGAAAACCGUCCUUCUCGUCGCCGGUUUCUACCUCCUCCUCGUCGCGUUAUGGGUUGCUCUACCGUUUCCUCAAGUGUCCUGGUCCAAAAUUCCUUCUGAACGACUAUGGUGGGGAGGCAAAGUCGUGAGAGUCUACGACGCCGACGCAUUCCCUGCAUUUCGCGCCGUCGGUGUCCCGGUUGGCAGCGGGAGGAGCGUGGGUCGAGAAGCGUUUGCUUUGGAAUUUGCUUAUGAUAGGUUCAGCGACCAGUUGACCGUUGGUGGCGGUUACGAAGCAGACUACGGAGGAAACAAAGCAGCCUUCACUCAUAAGUUCGGUUUGAGCAAUCUGAUCGACGUGGACGACGAGAGUCUCCCAUUCACAUCGCGCGAGUUUGUGGUGCGUGUCAAGACUGGCGACCACGACGGCCUCAACCUGCCUUGGUUCAAGCGUGCUGAUGCCGCACUGCUGUAUUGGGAGGUCACGAGGGACGAAUGGGUCGACGUGCCUUUGGCGUUGAGGGUGGUCAAACAACAGACGCGGAACGCCGCGACUGGCGUCGUGGUGAGUGAGAGGAGCGUACAACUUGUUUUGGGCGAGAAUGAACCAGGCACAACACCGUCGUCGUCGACACAAUCUUCUGAAGAUGGUGAUGAUAAUGACGACCACGACCACGACCAUGACUACGAUCAGUAUCGUCACCGUAACGAAGGGCACAAUUACCCUCAAGCACUACUGUCCAUUGCACUCAACCCCUCCCCACAGAUACGGGCCCAAGCCCGCUCCGUGCCCAGAUGGAGCUGGACCUCUCGUCAACAGAUCGAAAAGGCGUUCUACGUGUGGUACGGCCACGAUCACGACACGGCAAUUGGAUCGUCGUCGUCGUCGUCGUCGUCACCGUCACUCACGUUCCCGCUGCGCCGGGCCAUCUGUCGGGUCCUCAUGUCCAGCUACACGUUCACAGACACGUACGUGUUCGCGUACGUACGGAACCCAUUCAUCCUGUUUCUGGAGAUCGUCUACGUCGUCUUCUGGGUCGGCGUCAUCUACUUCCUCGUCGUCCUGGCGUGCUGGAGCAAGAGAGGCAGACCGAACUUUUGGCCGUGGACAAGGAGGUUUGCACUUACGAGACACGUUGUCAGAUACGUACGACCCGCGAGGGACGGCGGAGAACACGACGACGAAGACGAACAGGAAGACGAGGACGCGGACGCCGAGUCGGAAACGCGAAGAAUGCGGAGAGCAAAACCCAAGGCGUUGACUAGUCCAUGGGCGUUCUUCACCAGCUCGUCCCCCCUGGAUGAUUUGCUGGUCACGUAUAAAGUCACCAGACCGUUUGUGCAACCUAUACACUUGACGCUGAGACGGAGGAGGACUCAGGAUGUCGAGGCUGGCGAGGUUGUGGCUGCGGCAAGCACUACUUCGUCCGUUGAGGUCAAGCCUGUUGAUCCCAAGGAAGCGUACGGGGGUGGUGAGGAUGGAUAUGAGAAUGGGUAUACCGAUGACACCAAGGUCGUGGUCGGUGAGAAGUAA